UCCAAUGGCGAGCCGCGUUCUGCAGCCACAGCACCGCUCCGUUCAUCCAUAGCGGCCGUGCUGGACGAGCUUCUGCACGACAUGCAGCUCCACUGACACUGUAGCUUUCAUACCGGACAUCGGUUUUAUUUAUGUCGGAUUUGAUCUGUAUCCGAUUGUCAUGUAGCGGAGGCCGCAGUGCUGGAUGGGAGUGUGUUGCUAGGCGGACAGGGAAAAGCCUCUUUUUACAGUUAUUACAUUAUAACAGGGAGCGUUGAAGCCUCACAGCGGUGUUUCUUCAGAUUCUCAACUGUGGAUUGUUCACAUCUGGAGGAUGGAUGCAGAUGGAGGGGAUGGAGGCCUUGAGAUUAAAAUCGCUUCAGCGGAGCUUUACGACUCGUCCCGGGCAAAAAUCGACGCCAACCUACGCUGGCUCUUUGCCAAAGCUUAUGGUGAAGAUCAUGUCCCGGAUGAUUUGAGAGACCCAUUCUAUGUGGAUCAGUAUGGUGUUGAGCACAUUAAGCCUCCCGUGCUGGAGCUUCUGCUCUCGGCUGAGCUCUACUCGCGCGUGUGUGCCUUCCUCUCGCUGGGCGAGCAGUCGACCACGCGCCACACGCAUCACUCGGUCCUGCAGGUGCUCGCCCGUCACUCCAUCCAUGUCCUGGAGCCUGACGGCACGCCUGUUACACACCACGACCUCAUCUCCGCCCCCAUCAGGAUGAGCUCCCACAUCCCUCUGAUUGAUGCUCUGAUGCUGGCAUGUACAAUGGAGAUGAUGAGUAUAGAGCAGGUGGUAUCAUGUCUUAAACGCUUCUCCACCUUUUCCCCCACCAAAGAACUGCAGCGGCCCUUCCACAUGGAGGAGGCUAUGCUCUUCUGGAUUAACAAGGUUAUUUCAAGAACCAGGGAGAUCUGUGAGAAGGAGUUCAAACUGAAACAACAAUUGAUGGACUCGCCAUGUCAUCAAAAGGUACGUUACCGUAGAGACCAUGUGUCCAGUCGUAUUCUCCCUCACCUGCCAGUGGUGGAGGAUUUGAUGAAAGACCUAUGUGAUGGUGCCGCCUUGCUGACCAUCAUUCAUUACUACUGCCCUGAAUACAUGAGACUAGAAGAUAUCUGCUUGAAGGAAGUUUUGUCACUGUCUGACAGUGUGUAUAAUAUUCAGCUCCUAAGUGAGUUUUCCAAUGAGUAUCUGAACCGCUGUUUGUAUCUGCGCACUGAAGACUUACUAUAUGCUCCAGCAGUGUUAAAGCACAAUGUGAUGGUUUACAUAGCAGAGCUGUUUUGGUGGUUCGAGGUGAUGUCACCAGACUUUGUGAACCCCAAAGAUCUACAAGACAUCAAAGAAGUUAGAGCUUUGGCACAGCCGAAGAGCUCCCGCCCCCACAUACCUGUUUCAAACUUCACAAAGCGUAGCUUCUUAAGCUCCUCCCCCUCAGUGGACUCCUUGGCGACAGGCCCUGUUAAUGACACCUGUAUCAGGUAUUACCGCCCCCUGGAGGAAUCUGCAUCUGGGCCCAAAGCAAGCACCUCCUACUCGCUCCUUUCACUGAAACAGAGACAACAGAAUCCUGUCCAGGGGGAGGACACUACAGAGUUCAGGAACAGGUCUAGUUCUCUCUCGCGCAUGGAUAGACACAGUCCUGGAUCCCGGCUGGCCUGGAUGGAGAGAAAACAAAGACCAAUUUCUCAGUUGGAGUUGGAGUGGGAGCGUGUGGGUAGUGACAACAUCAGCUUAACACGCUCCAUCAGCAAAGACAGUUUAGCUUCCAAUGUCAUCUCUGUAACUCCUCGACACCAUGUCAAUGGUCAGCCUUCCCCAGAAACAGCACACAACAAUGACAGUGAGGUAAAGGAUGAGGUGCUUGUGGCCAUUAUAGGACCCAGGGGAAUGGCUGGGUUCAAAGAGCCCCAGCCAGAGAGCUUCUUCCUGGAGCCACUGCAGCCGGCUGUCUUACGACCUAAUAAGGAGAAAAUCAAAGUGGUCAGUAAACGAGAAGAAAGUGGCGAGGGGCAAAUCCAGAGACGAGGAGGGGGACACUCGCCCGUUGACCACACAAUAAUAAACCAAAGUUUCAUGACCGUUGACACUGUGGAACCAGAAAACAUCAACUCUGUGCAACCUGGUGGUUUCUUCCUACAUGGAAACUGUGAGCUUCCGAGACAUGGAAAAGAUGAGUGGGUAGGUGGAGCCUCAGAGUCAGAGACUGAGGAUGAAGAAGGGGAAGAUGAUCUAGAAGAGAAAGUGCUUGAAAGCACUCUAAUGUGUCAAGGUGAAAAGUUAAAGUGCCGAGGUCACCGACAAGAAGAAGAUGAGUCGGCAAAGUUGUGCGAGGAUGUGCGAGUGUGUGAGCACGACAAAGAUGACAAAGAUGGCACCAGUGAACGUUGUAGCCCGUGUCCAAGCUCACUUUCGCAGGCUAGCAGCGUCUCUAGCCGUAUGACUAGCUUUGCAGAGCGAAGAUUGCACCGCACCACUGUGCAUGAUGGUUACAGCAGUGCUAGCAGCUCACAUGCUACCACUCCUGAUGGCUCCGAGAGUGGCACCUUGAGUCCCGACAUAAAAGGAGGCGUCGCCUCGGACCUUGUCCACCUGCGACUGCAGCUAGAGGAUAAGCGUCGUGCCAUUGAGGCUCAGAAGAAGAAGAUGGAGGUGCUGGCAGCACGGCAGAGGCUUCAGCUGGGUAAAGCAGCUUUCCUUAAUGUGGUUAAGAAGGGGCGCGGCGAUACACUGCCACAUCUUGCCAAACAGGAAUUAGUGGCAAUGAACGAGAAAGAACUGACAAAGGAUGACACAUGCAUGGAGGUGUUGAAGGCUAAGAGCAAGGAAACUGAGGAAAACCUGGAUAAAGAGUCAAGAAAACUGUGGGAGGAUUCAGUUUCACCUGCAGCCGCUUGUGGAUUAGAGAGGGAUAAUCGCAUGGGUGAAGGGGCGGAUGUGGAGGAAGUGGGUGAAGACUUAGAUCUGAGUGAUUGUAGCCGCUCAAUUGAGCUCUUGAAUGACGCGAUUGGUACAAUCCAGCAGCAGAUGAUGCAGCUGUCUGUCCAACAGGAGCUGCUCAUGAAACAAACCCUGAAGUCUCCACCACAGGAAUACAUGAUGAAACCUCAGUCUCCUGAGGCUAAGCCCCGAGCGUCUAUGCAGUUCUUAGAGAUGUCCACUGCGACUCGACGACCUCCCAAGUUAAGUUCGUCUCGUAGCACUCGAACCAAACCUUUAGAGCUUAAGCUUAGCAAGGAGAACAGCACUCGAGCAAGUUCAAAAGUUAGUGCCCGGACACCCACUACUGAUUCCAGAACACCUACGGACUGCAGGACGCCCCGAGCAGAGAACGACGAAGAGGAUGUGGCCAAGGCAACUGGACACGGCCCUGGCAGAGGCGUGGUACGAAAUACCACAUUCCGUCUCCAUGAUUCUGGGAACCAAAAGUCUGAGGCUCCAGAGUUGCCCAAACUAGAAUCGCCAGCAGUGGAAGAGCAAAGUGUGUCUGGAAAGGAAACCAUUGUGGAUCAGUGUGAAGAGAAGAAAGCCCAGCUGAUCGAGGUGGCCCUGUCUGACCUGGCUGACGCACCUGACUCUGGCGAGCAAAAAUCAGGACUAGGAUUUUUCUUCAAGGAUGAUCAGAAGGCAGCGGAUGAGCUGGCGAAGAAGCGUGCUGCAUUCCUGCUGAAGCAACAGAAGAAGGCAGAGGAGGCACGUCUGCGCAAGCAGCAGUUGGAGGCGGAGUCAGAAUUCAAACGAGAUGAGGCCAGGCGUAAGGCAGAGGAGGAGCGCAUGCGUAAGGAGGAGGAAAAGGCACGAAGGGAUCUCAUCAAGCAGGAAUAUCUGCGCAGAAAACAACAAGAACUGAUGGAAGAACAGGGAGUGGCCAAGCCCCGCCCGCACCGCAGGAGGCCCCGCCCCAAAUCAGUCCAUCGCGGCCAAUCCGGCACCACCACCCCUGUAAGUUUAUGUGCUGCUCCAUCUGGCUCCUCUCUUUCUCUGGCAUCUGCUGUUACUGAAGCAGACAGCGUUACCUCGGGAGGAGGCUCACAGAGAGGUGGAGGUGAUUCACUGGAGUCGUUUCCUAUGUUAAGCCGUAAUGCUAGCAGGAACAUGGAGAGAGACUGGGACAACGGUUCGACAGCUUCCUCCAUUGCCUCUACAGCAGAGUACAGCGGCCUGAGGUUGUUUAAGGAGCCCAGCGCUAAGUCCAAUAAGCUGAUCAUCCAGAAUGCCAUUGCCCACUGCUGUCUGGCUGGCAAGGUCAACGAAGCCCAGAAGAAUGCUGUGUUAGAGGAAAUCGAGCGGUGUGAGGCCAAUCACUUGAUGAUCCUGUUCCGUGAUGGCGGCUGCCAGUUCCGGGCACUUUAUGCGUUCAUGCCUGACUCUGAGGAGCUGAUAAAGCUGUCGGGAACCGGCCCACGCGCCAUAACGCGCAAAAUGAUUGACACACUCUUCAAAUACAGCUCGGACCGCAAGCAGUUUACCGUCAUCCCGACCAAGACGGUCUCUGCCAGCGUGGACGCCAUCACCAUCCACAACCACCUGUGGCAGCUCAAACGACACUGCUCCUCCAAGAGGAAAUGAAAAACACUUCUUUUUUUUUUUUUCCUUCUUUUUCUUCUCGCAUUCCUAUUGGCUCCUGAAUUAAGCUUCCUUAUUGGUCAUCUCCUAUAAGCUCCUGGGCCAGUGUAGCUCGACUCUCAACGACCCAAUCCAUAACAGCGUAUUGCAGCUCAGGCGUGCCAGCGACUCCAAGAGGAAGUGACGCGCUCUUUUCUCGCGCACCUACAGUAUUAGCUCCGGAAUCGUGCUUCCUUAUUGGCUGUGUCCUAUUAGCUACUGCUGCACUCUUCGCUGUCAUACCGACUGCAGGUGAUGGAUUCGGUGUGCAUGACGGGCGUGUCUGCGCAGGUGAGCGUCACCGUGAAGCUGAGAUUUACGAAAUAGAGCCGCGGAACCAUGAUAUCACCGCGCUGCCUUGAUUUGCAUAUGGAACCCUUAACUCCACCCUCACUGGUCACAUGACCCUCAAAAUAUGAGCACACCUGGCAUUGAAGGGGUGGGGCAUGUCUCUGACAAAGAGUGUCACGACUUGUUUUGUUUUGUUCAGUGUUUUGUUGUUGUUUUUUUUAACCGCAUGUGGCACUUUUUCAGUUCGGAAAGAGAUGGGUUCGGUUGUACUGUAGUAUUAUUUCACUUUGAACACUCACACAGAUGCACACACACCCGUGCUUGACUUAACACACACUAAAAAGUGUGUGUCUGUGUGUGUUGGGUUUUUUGUUACCUCUACGCUGCUGAUUCUUUUUCUCUAAUAAUGCUCACUAUAGCAAUGCACUAUGACCAGUGCUAUGUGCAAAACUGCAAAAGCACAUGAAAAUGUGUGUGUGUGUGUGUGUGUGUGUGUGUGUGUUUUGGAGUAGUUAGUAUGGUUAGAUGCUGAAGUGAGGUGAAGGCCUUUGUGGAUUACUUUAAUCACAAUUUAAAAGCUUUUAUCAUGGGACAGGAAUGUAUUUGUGUUCGCUGUCUGAUUUGUCCUCCACUUCACCCCCUCCUCCAUUCAGUGUUAGUCUGUUCUUUUCAGAGGCCACUGACAGUAUUGAUGUACUUCUGCAAUUCUUCACUGAGCAACAUGAUUGUCAUGGAAACUCUCUGGUUAUGUUGUGUGUGUGUGUGUGUGUGUGUGUUUGUGUGUGCGUGUGCGUGUGCGUGCGUGUGCGUGCGUGUGUGCGCGUGCAGUUCUUCGUUUAACAUAAAUGUAUAGACUGUAAAGACUUUAGCUUUACUUUUUCUUUUAUUACUUUUUCACAUAUUUAUUUUAAAGAGGAGCCCUGAUAAAUGAAUAAAUUAUUCAAGCAACGUCGGUUUUGUAUAAAUCCUGUUCUUUUUCAUGUAUUUGUUUGUUUGUUUGUUUGUUUGUUUGUUUGUUUAUUUAUUACAUCCUUGCAGUGGACAUCCCUGUGCAGUGAUUGGAGUGAAAUUCAAAUGGGAAGCGUUUCAAUUCAUCUUCACGCAUAACUCCGGACUGAACCCCAGAACCUUACGAAAUCCUUUUAUAGUUACUUUUAUGCUUAUUUGGAUUUCCAGGGACAGUAUGAAGUGCUUCAAAUUUGGGUAAGUAAGAUUAUGAAGUUAAUUUUGUGUGUGUGUGUGGGG